CAGAGUUACUUACAUUAAUUAGAAUCAAUAAGCAAUAAUAACAACAACACAAUGCAGGUUCAAAAACUCUGUUUUCUUGCUCUGUUCUUGGCUCACACCACUCUGGCAGUCAACCUCACCCUCGAAACCUCGAACAUAGCCUUCCUUGGAGACGCAGAGCUCGGUCCUGCUUCGGAUGGCGUGAAUCGCUCAGGAGCUCUCUCCAUGACCCGAGACGAAAACCCUUUCUCUCACGGCCAAGGUCUUUGGUCCACUCCUGUCCCUUUCAAGCCUUCUUCAAACACUACUUCUUCUCCACCUUAUCCAUUCCAAACUUCUUUCGUUUUCUCCAUCGCUCCUGGCACCGAACCAGCCCCGGGACAUGGCCUCGCCUUCAUCGUGGUCCCCGCUCUCGACAACAGCGGUGCUGGUCCCGCUGGUUUCCUCGGAAUCCUCAACAAAACCAACAACGGCGACCCCCAAAACCAUGUUUUCGCUGUGGAGUUCGAUGUUUUUAAGGACAAACAACUUGGAGACAUUAACGAUAACCAUGUCGGUGUAGACGUUAACUCUCUUACUUCUGUUGUGGCCGAGAGAGCUGGUUAUUGGGUUCAGACAGCGAUAGGGAGAACUAAAAUGUGGAGGUUCAAGGAGGUGAGGCUGAGUAACGGAGAGAGAAACAAGGCUUGGAUUGAGUAUAGAGACUCUAAGGUUACGGUCACUCUGGCGCCAGAAGCGGUUAAGAAACCUAAGAAGCCUUUGAUCGUUGCGCAUUUAGAUCUCUCUGAGGUUUUUCUCGAGAACAUGUACGCUGGUUUUGCUGGUGCCAUGGGCCGUGACGUUGAGCGUCACGAUAUUUGGAGCUGGAACUUCCAGAACAGCGCUGAAAACACUUAAAACCAGUGUUGAUUCGCUUAUGUUUGUACUCAAGAACCUGAGUUAAUAAUUAAAAGAUUGUCGCUUAA